AUGACAUUCCGCGCAUUUGCUCUCCUUCUUACUACGAGUUCCUUUAUCGCUGGAGGGUAUAGCUCGAACCUACAUUCUUCUCUCUUCGAAAAACGUCAAACAUGCUCUACAUGUCCCCUUGGUGGCAAUCCCAUCGUCAAACUAGUAAAGUUUUUUGCUACUGGAGGAGAUCCCCAAAGUACCGUUGAUUGCAGGUAUGGAAUGACAACCAAGGAGUGUUAUACAUUAACUAAUGACCUAUUGUUUUCUAGAAUGGAAUCUGUAUUCGGACUUCCCUCUGACCUAGGAGGGCAGGGAGCCGGAGACUUCGAGGCCGCAGUCCGUGUCAAUUUCGACGAAGACCAGCUUGCUUGCUCUGUAGAAGGCGUUUCUCUUCCGAUCGGCAAUGAGAUUGAAGAUACCGUGUGCAUCGCUGGAGGGUGCACCGUCUCGGAAGUUACUGAUCAGAGUGCUCUUGUCACUUGGGGGGCCUGUAUCGUCCGGCCUAAUGUCCCCGUUGUCGAAAAUCAGGCUCUCACAGAUGCUGAGUGUCUCCCUGCUCAGGGUGCAAUACGUUUUGCGAGAUUCCAUGAUACCGGGGACUGCAGCGGUACAGAAACAGUCACGGAGCUGACUGUUAGCGGACGUAGCACCACUGAGUUUUCGCCUAACGAUGGUGGCGGCAUUUUCCAUGGUGGAAUUGUUACGAGAUGCAGCACUGUGGCCGCUGCUUAA